AUGAAGAUCUCCUGCUUUCUGCUGCUGGUCCUCUUUCUGUCCUGCUUCCAGAUGAACUCAGGUGCUGGCCUUGACACAAUGAAAUGUGUCCGAGGAAAAAACAACUGUCACAUGCACAAAUGCCCGUGGUUUUUUGUUCUAAUUAGCACCUGUUAUUCAGGAAAAGGCAGCUGUUGCCAAAAACGUCGUUGGUUUACCAGGAGUCACGUGAACAACGUGUAA